AUGGCAGCCCAAUACACCGCUUUCGCAAGGUCUGGCUCUUCGGGGCGCUCAAGUUCUAGUCUUAGCGAGCAGCCUGACGCGCUCGUUGUUCAACGUUCAUUCCGCAGCGGCACGAAGGGAACUGGCUACAGUGCAUAUGAAAGCCUACGUUCGGAGCUCGGCGUUGAGUGGCUCUCUCGCAGAUGGACUUCAGCGACGUUCGACAUCGACCGACACUCUGGCGGCCGACUUCUUCGAUCUCAUUUGUCGGCAGAGCUCGACGGUGGUCCGCUGCGUCAUGAAUGUAAAGUCACGAUAGACGCCGAGGAAGUCGUUGCAUUCGAUGGGUCUAUCCCUCGGUUACUUGCAUCCCUCCCCAUGAGCACGCUCACCCGGUUGGACCUCCACAUAUCGGACGACAUCGUACAGAGUUGGGGAGAAGACGCCAUCUGCUCCGCGUUCGGCGAUGCAAGAAGCGUAACGAAUCUCAUCUUGACCGGGAGAUCUCUUUGUGCUUGCGCGUGUAUGCUCCUGGGCUUGGAGGAGGAUCGAGCGCUACCCACAAUCCCCAAAGCAUUUCCUUCGCUGACAACGCUCACGCUCGAUGAAAUCAAUCUUGGAGAUAUAAUGGACCCUAUCUCACCACCAUCGAGAGUCCCAGCAUUGUGGCAGGAACAGAAGUCGAGUGGUGAAACUGUGCGAGACAUACUCGCGCAUGCGCUUUUGUUACGCAAACGCUCGCCUGGGCUCCUUGUCCAGAUCGGCGGAUCCCAUAUCCAAAAACAAGACUUGACUCUGCUCAAGAGCACUCUUCGCACCUUGGCUGGAGAUGUACUCCCCAUAAAGGUGAAGCACUAUGUGAAGGAUGCUCACUCGGAAGGGUGCAGGCACUUUGGUCAAAGGGACACAAGUGGCCCAACAGACAACAGCGACCACCGAUAUAACGCUGAUUAUCACGACUCAGAUAGCGAGGACUCCGGGUUCUAG